GUGCCAACGCCAUCCACCAAGCCACGUUAAAAAAAAAACCGGGCCGGCACCACCAACCGGGCGUGGCCAGCGAGCAGGUCACGUGCGCACAUGGCUCGGCGCACGUUCUCACACCAGUCCUCCCAAAGACCCCCACAACUCCUCCCCCAGAGACCGCCAAAUCUCCCCACACUCCUUUUUUUGCCCCCUCCCAUGUCUGGCCGGCGGCAGCCCAGCACGGCGCAGCGGCGGCGGCCGUCCAAAUUCCGGCCGCGGUUCCAGAACCCGGCCCCCCUCCCAUCAAUGGACCAGUUCCGCCUAGACCACAUUCUCGCCACGGUGCUCCCGGGCGAAGCGGCCGCGGUGGGCGACGCGUUGCAGCGCACUAACGGCAACUACCAGCAAGACCUCCGGGCCGAGGUCCGCCGGGCCUUGGCCAUCGAGCAGAGGAUCCAGAACAAGAACAUCCGUGCCGUCAGGCGUGCACAUCAGCUCGCCAAGCAGUGGCACGGCAGGCACAGCCAGCUCGCCCGGCUCGCGGCGCCGGCGGGCGGCCCCCCAGCCCGCUGCACAAACACGGGUCUCGGCGCCGAGAUCCGCACUUUGCUUGCGCAGUCGCAGGCCGUGUCCUGCAAGGCGGCGGAUCUCAUGGUGCGCUUGGCCAGAGUGGGCGCCCAGGUGGGCGAGGCCACGGGCCGCGGCUGCGGGCCGGACCCGGCGAAGUACCCGUGUUUGAGCAGGCUCAUGGGGCUGCGGGGGCGCGGCGUGCCGGGUGUCCUGGCCUUUGGAACCAUGGAGGGCUGCGGUGGAAAGGGGGGUGUGGACGGCGGCGCGGGCGCUGGCGGCGAUGCGUUCGGGCGGGCCCGGGCCAGUGCGGGGGCUUUUGGGCCAGGCGCGGGCUUAGGAAGAAGUGAGCGGUCCACGGAUCCAGAAACUUUCAAGCGUUCGGCGGGCCCAGAGGCAGAGGGUGCGGCUCCAGAAAGCUCCAAGAGCUCGACGGGCCCAGAAACCUUUGAGCGUUCCACGAAUCCAGAAACCUCCAAUAGUUCCACGGGCCGAGAAACUUUCAAGCGUUCCAUGGACCCAGAAAUGUUCGAGCGCUCCAUGGACCUGGAACUGUUUGAGCGUUCCACGAAUCCAGACCCUCUCGACCGUUCCAUGAAGCCAGCAACAUUCUACCGUUCCACGAAUUCAGAACCCCUCGAGUGUUCCACAGACCCAGAAACGUCCAUCCGCUCCUCGGACCCAGAGGGUGCGGACCCCGAACCUCUCCCUUCCUUGGACCCAGAAUCCCUCAUCCACCCCACCGACCCCGACGCCUUCGAGCGGUUCAUGGACGCCAACAUCGCCCGCUACAGGCGCCAGAAAGCCGGCCGGCACGCGGACAGCCACUCGUUCCGCCUGGAGCACGACACGCGCCCGUCGGCGCGUCCCGCCAAGAACCCGCUCCGCUUGCUCUCGGCCGGCCAGGUGGGCCUACCCAACCUGCUCAUGAAACUGGCGCCGUUGCUCGGCGCCGUGGACUCGCUCAAAUACCUGUUUCUCCCGCGCAAUUCCGCCGCCACGGUGCUCGAGACGCCGCAGCUGUCGCUCCACAAAAAACUCCGCAUCAAGGUGGCGCCCACGCUGCCGCCGCCAGGCGCAAACGCCGCGUGCGGGUGCCGGCCCACAGCGGCGCCCGAGCCCCACAGCGCGUCCGACGCCCACUCCGAGACGGACCCCGACUCGGAGCCCGCGCUCGGCUCGUCCAGCUCCUCGGACGACGGCAGCGGCCCGGACGCGGCCCCCAGCCAUAUCUCCGAGACCAACGGGUACUACCAGGCGCUCGAGAGCCGCAUGAAGCUCCGGCUGAAGAAGCGGCGCCGGCGCCUGCCGGGCGGCCCCGGGCGUGGCCUGGACCGCUCGCCCACGCCCAGGCACUGGCCGCUGCACCGGGUGCUCCAGCCAAAACAGUCGAUAUUGAAGUUGGCCAGAUCGAGGGCCGCGGGCCGCAACGGCGUGCUCGUGGCGGGCGUUGAGGCGCCGGCCGCGGUGCUGGCCGCGUCGCUGGACUUGCAGUACACCGCCAGCCCGCGGGCGUCGUUCGUGGACGAGCGUGCUGUGUUGGGCACCAUUCUCCAGGGCCCCGUCUGCCCGGGGCGUGCGCCGGAGGCCGGUCCCGGGGGCGGCGGCUCCGGGCAACCGCACGUGGCACCCAGCGCCGAAGAGGCGCCGCUGUCUGGCCACAGCCAGGAGAGCGUGUCGCAGGCCAUGGGCAAGCUCAAGAGCUUGAUGAUCUAGGAGGCUGCGUGCAUUGCUAUGGACGGGAGCCUACCUUCUACGUGACGGGGCGUUGCGGCUCUCUGGCCUGGCUAUGCUUACGGCGAUGCACGAUCCAAGGGGAUUGAAGUUCUGUCUUUUGUCGUCGACUGUUGGAUCCCGGGAGGUACGAUCGGAGGGAGCCGGUGAUCCCAGACUCUUGUCAAGUGCCAGCGACCAGGCCGCGGCUUGCUGCCAAACAGGCCUC